AUGGCCGAGUCUCUGCACUUCUCCGAGGCCGAAGCUGCGAAGCUCGAGCCUCACCUCCCUCACCGGACUGGAGAACCUCAUGGGGUAUCACACCCAUCCCGCCCAUUUGUUACUCUCACAUUCGCCACGUCCCUGGACUCCUCCUUAGCGCUAGCUCCGGGGACUCGCACAGUCCUUUCGGGGCCCCAGUCCAAGGCGAUGACGCACUUUCUUCGCAGCCGGCAUGAUGCCAUCCUUGUUGGCGUGGGUACUGCGGUUGCGGACGACCCGGGCCUGAACUGCCGGCUCGAAUCGGCUCGGCAGCUAGAUCAGCAGCCCCGGCCCAUCGUCGUUGACCCUCACGGCCGCUGGGACUUCUCGGAAGACAGCAAAGUGCUGCAGCUGGUCAGACGGGGCCUAGGACUGGCCCCGUAUGUUGUGACCUCGGUCCAGCAGCCGCCCUUGGAGAAGCGUGAGAUGCUCCAAAGGCAUGGCGGGAAGUAUAUUGUUCUCGAUAAAGGAAGUCCAGCAGGGCAAACCUCAAGAGCGCGCUUCCGCUGGGAAGAUAUCCUACUGGCAAUACAACGAGAAGGCCUGCAGAGCGUGAUGAUUGAGGGCGGCGGACAAAUCAUCAAUUCUUUGCUUGAUGCGGCCAAUAGCGACCUCGUGGACUCGGUCAUUGUCACCAUCGCCCCGACGUGGCUGGGGCAGGGCGGUGUGGUCGUCUCACCUAAUCGGUCAUUCGAUGUAGAAGGACGCCCACAAGCUGCCCACUUCCAUGCCGCCCCUUUCUGCGCGGCUCCAGCACACAUCGGAGCCCCCGUCUUGCUACAGCCCAUAGUCGACUGGCCGCAGCCUCUACUCGCUCGCUCGGCCUCGUACCGUCAAGCGCUCCCGGAGCUCCAAGACGCUGCCGAACCUUCAAGAGCUCCUCCCACCACCCUAGGACCGUUGUUGCGACAGCCGCUCGUGCCUGGGCGGUUGUCCACUCCCGCCGCCAAGAUGGGUGUCUCGAUCAUCCAAGAACAGCACGACGACCGAGCUGACAUCUCAACUCGCGCCGCAGUGAUCCUCGACACCAUCAAGAACAUCGCCCGAAAUGACUGGAAAGUCCUCGUCGUAGACGAGGCUGCCAAGAAGAUCAUCGACAAUGUUCUCAAGGAGGAUGAGCUGCUCAACCAGAACAUCGCCAACAUCGAGCGCAUCGAAGACAGAAGAGACAUGAACCCUACCAUGGACGCCAUCUAUGUCCUCUCCCCUCAGCCCCAUGUCGUCGACUGCCUCGUCGCGGACCUCGAUCGGCGUAGGUACAAGAGUGCCUUCUUGGUGUGGACUGCGGUCCUCGACCCUCAAGUGCGCAGGAGGAUCGAUGCCUCUCCGGCAGCGCGACAGCAAAUAGCUGGCUUUGAGACCUUAUCCGUUGACUUCUUCCCCCGGGAGGCCCAGAUCACCGAUAUCUGCAUAUCGCUUGGCGAGUAUCCCAAGGUCAGGUACUACCGACCGGCGAAUCCAUCUCACGAGGCAAGCGUGCUGUGUUCCCACCUGGCUCGUUUCGUACAGGAGGAACUCGAUCAAUACGCCCAGUGGAAUAAAAACUUCCCGCCACCUUCGUCAAGACCUCCAGGCGUGCUCAUGAUAGCCGAUCGUUCGAUGGAUAUCAUGGCACCCCUGGUACACGAGUUUACAUACCAGGCUAUGGCGCACGACCUGCUGCCCAUCAAGGAGGGCGACAAGGUCACCUUUCAUAUGAAGAUCAAUGAGGGCGCCAUAAAUGCCCAGGAGAAGGACAUGGAGCUGCAAGAGAAAGACUCAGUCUGGGUCGACAACCGACAUCGGCACAUGAAGGACACGAUCGACAAAUUGAUGGAGGACUUCCGCAAGUUUAUCGAGAAGAAUCCCCAUUUUUCGAACGACAAUCCCGACACCACGAGUCUCAACGCCAUCAAGGACAUGUUGGCAGGCUUGCCACAGUUCCAAGAGAUGAAGGAGGCCUACUCCUUGCACCUUAGCAUGGCACAGGAGUGUAUGAACGCCUUUGAGAACAGGAAACUCCCUGAUGUGGCCUCGGUGGAGCAGACUCUCGUGACGGGGCUCGAUGAGGAUUAUCGAAAACCCAAGAACGUGCUGGAUCAGGUAGUCCGGCUACUGGACGACGAGGCGAUCAUCCCAAGCGACAGGCUGCGCCUGAUCAUGCUAUACAUCCUAUACCGAGAGGGAGUCAUCCCGGAAGACAUCAACAGGCUGCUGGCGCACGCCUCUCUCCCGCCUCAGAAUGGCGAAAUAAUAUCAAACCUCGAGCUGCUCGGGGGCCGCAUCAACCGGGGCCUCAAGGAACAGCGACCCAACCUGCCCCCCCUCUUCCCCAUCGACACAAAGGCAGCGUCGCAGAGCGAGGAGUACGCGCUCUCGCGCUUCGAGACGGCCGUCAAGCACAUGCUCGACCACCUCUGCCGCGGCACCCUCGACCAGACCGUCUUCCCCUACGUCAAGCCCCCGCUGGACCCCAACGAGGACGCCGCGCUCGCCAGCCAGGGGUCCCUCCGCGCCGCCAAGCCCAGCUGGGCCGGCGCGGGCCGGCGCGUCGUCGAGAACCGGCAGCGCGUCAUCGUCUUCAUGGCCGGCGGCGCCACGUACUCGGAGUCGCGCGCCUGCUACGAGGCCUCGGCGCGCCACAACCGCGACGUCUUCCUCGCCACGAGCCACAUGCUCACGCCCGCCCUCUUCGUGCGCCAGGUCGGCGACCUGUCGGUCGACAAGCGCAGGCUCGACCUGCCCAUGGAGCGGCCCAAGCCCAAGGCCCCGGCCCACCUGUUUGAGCGGGAGCGGCCUCCCCCGCAGCAGCAGCAGCAGCAGGGGCUGCCGGCCGGGCCGGGGGCGACGGGUGGCCUGCCGCCGAGCGCGUCUCAGCAGCGCAUGCCGAGGGGCCCCGCGCCUCCCGGGGGCGGAGGCGGCAUCCCCAGCGGGCCCAGGCCGGGAGGCGCAGCGGCCGUGGCUCCGCCGACGGCCCAGAUGGGCAGCAUGUCGCUCAACGGCGGCGGCGGGAGUGCCCGGCCUCCGCCUCCGGCCCACGGCGACGGCAAGCUCCACAAGGCCGACAAGGACAAGAAGAAGCGCAAUAUCUUUGGAUUGAAAAAGUGA